AUGAGUGCCGCCUGGCGAGCUCGUGGGAAGAUGGUGCAAUUGUACGACGUGAGAUGCGGUGCUGAAGCCGAGAUUUCUUUUGAGAUGGCCCUGCGUGACCAAUAUCGAGGGGAAAAUGUUGGUUCUAGCGGGUCUGCAUCGUCUUCCCGGCUAGCCAUUAGGGUCGUUUUUCCGGUUCCUUCUCCUUCUGGUUUACCUGUCUGGGUACAAGCAGGAAAAGGUAAUGAUCCUAUUCAGAAAAGGAGAAGUUUGCGCAUGGUGCCAUCGUCAGAUGAGGAGACAGAAUCCGAUGAUGUGGGUCUUUGUCCUCAUAAAGAGCAUAGGACUGUGUCUAUGGCCAGGCUUGUUGGCGGUAUCGAGGGUAUUCUUGGUGAUCAGUUUUCUGUGCCUGAGCAGAAAGAGGUAGUAGUGGUGCCUAGUUCUCCGGAGGCAUCAUCCCCGAUCAUUUUUUCUAUUUCACCCUUGGUUAAUCUUGGUUCUGGCUCUAUGUCUGGGGGUGUGCCAAGUUUGCUUGGAGGUUCUUUUCAAUGCGAGAAGCCUUCCCUGGUUGAUGAAAGAGGAACUUUUUCUCACUUCUUGUCUUUCGAGGCCUAUGCUCCAGCUCAUGCUCGUGUUGACGGUGCGGUUGCUCGAGGUAGUUUGCAAUGGAUGCUGGAGAAGGGAUUGGUCCAUGUAGUUGAUAAAGUUAUCGAGAGUUUGGAAUUCGCCAACGGGGUACAGGUUGUUCUUGAGGCAUGUGAGGCCCUUGGGUUUGAAAAGGGGAAGCAACUAGGUAGUUUCUCCAUAAGUGUCGGAGAAUCUAAGUCCUAG